AUGCAAGCAGUUUUUGCACUCACCAUAAUACCGCCAGAGAAGGCGCAAAGUGCUGAUCGCUUCAAGGACUCGAAAUUCCGGCGCUCUUUGAAGGAAGCUCUAAUAUUAUCAUUACAUCUUCACUCGCCUUCUGAUGAUCUUAAAGAGGCCAAGGAUGCUCGUCUGGCUCGUGAAUACGAACUGGAGCUCAUUGAAGAACAAGGUCAGGAAGCUGCAAAAGAACAAAUGAAGGAAUGGCCAGCUCCUAGCGAGGAUACGUUGAAAUUAAAACAACAUCUGAAAGCUAUUCAAGAUUCACGGCGUUUUGAUCGGGAUGAAAUGGAACAGAUGUUGCUCGCUGGUGUUGCUUACAGCGAGCUCGACUAUAACGAAAUCAUCUUGGCACGAGAUCUACAGCGUGAAAAAGUCCAAGAAGUUGAAAUGAAGUUGCUAGAAUCGAUUUAUAAUCUCACAACGGUAGCAGGACAGCUUCACCUCGGGCGAGACCGUGCCUUCCGGAAUUAUUUUCUGCUAGAGUGCGUGCCAUGCCUCAUUGUUGAAAAUCCCAUUGAAGCUGACAAUGUUGGAGUUUGUUGUGAAGCAACGCCGGUUGCAGAUUCCAGCGAAUAUGGUAGUGAGGAAGCUACUCGUCAGUUCGUGCUGGGAUGUUCAGGAAAUAUGAACACUUGCUCGGUUCAUGGCGAAGGGCGGAAACGACGGCCAAGGUGGACAUUCGUUGAUUCCCUUGAGAAGGUGGAUAAGAUUGUGACCGCUUGUAAUCCUCGUGGUGUUCGUGAAAUCGACCUCGCUGAGGAAAUCACAUUUUUCCGUCCGCGUAUCGUUGAAGUCAUGGAGAAAGUGGUGAGGAAUCAGGCAAAAUUCGGAACAGAAGAGACGAAGUUAGCCAAUGGUCAGUUCCAAGCACUGUUCAUGGUCGGCCAACCAGAUCCUGCAGAAAUGCAGAGUGGUGUUGAAUGGCCGAUAGAACUACGUGAACUACUCCUGGAUCUAGAAGAGAAGAUGGAGCAGGGAUUACUUGGUCGCCUACCGUCGCAUAUUGAUCGUCAGACUUGGCGUGACGUUCUGUUGGACACGGGAGACAUCACUUCGCUAAUGGAUCGAGACGUUGUCGUGAAAGGUGCUCAAGAUGACGUUGUAUGGACAAAAGAUGAACUGCCACGGCUCACUGAAAUUCAGAAGCUCGCUGUCGCAUUCCUGCAGCUAGUUCAGUGCAUCAGUUUGAAGUUCUUCCAAAAGCCGUUCAGUGUUACUAAAGUUGACGAAACUGGUCGUAGCAUAGUUAUGGCUACACCUGUAUUCCUAAGGUGGCAACGAGCUUUAUUGAUGUGCGACUCCAUACCAGCUGUGUGCCUUUUCUUGUCCACUUUAGAACCAGCUAUCAUGUGGGAUAAAAGCAGAUUGCAAGCGCGCUGCCGUGCGUGUCGUCGUAAGGCAAAUGCGGAAGCGUUGGUGCUUUGCGCAGAUUGUAAUAGGUGCUAUCACUUCCAAUGUGCUCGCCUUGGUGUUGGACCAGCACCUCUGGAUUGGUGCUGUGCUGACUGUAAAGCAAUCCGGCGAAAAAUUGCAGCAGCUGAAAAGCGAAAAGCACAGAAAGGUAAUGUCGGUGUUUUAAAAAGCCAAUGA